AUGUCGUCACAAGUCCAGAAGCGAAAGCAAAAAACACUGACAAUUAAAGAAAAAUAUGAUAUUUUAGACCGUUUAAAUCGUAAUGAAUCUUUUAGUAGUUUAGCAAGUGAAUAUGGCGUAGGCCGAUCUAUAAUUUAUGAUAUUAAAAAAAAUCAUGACAAGAUUAAAAACUUCGUAUCAACUACUGACUGUGGGCCAGACAAGAGACAGACACUCAAGAAAGCUGAACAUCCAGAAGUGAAAGAAGCUUUGUACAUGUGGUUUCUUCAAGUGUACAAUGCAGACAAAUCAGUACUUUUUUGGCAUGUUAUACCAAACAAAACUUUCGUUUCCUUUAACGAAAAAUCCGUACGUGGGCGAAAAGUAAGUAAAGAGCGUGUAACCAUACUACCAUGUGCAAAUGAUGCGGGUACACACGCGCUAAAAAUGUUGGUCGUUGGAAAAUCGAAUAAACCACGUGCAUUCAAAAACAUUGAUUUGCCUGUACAUUAUUAUGGUCAAAAAAGUCCGUGGAUGACAAAAGACCUUUUCAAAAAGUGGUUUGAUGAAUGCUUUAUCCCAGAAGUUAAAAAAUGGUUGAAAAAUCAUAAUUUUCUUAAAAAAGCGUUAUCAAUAAAUAAUGCUCCCGGUCAUCCGUCUGAAGAAGAACUGACAACUGAGGAUAAAUGCAUUACUGUGAUGUUUCUUCCGCCAAACUGCACUGCACUGAUACAACCAAUGGAUCAGCAUAUCAUUCAGUUUGUCAACCAAGAUUAUAAGAAAAAUCUACUUCUGAAAGCUGUAUCAAAAGAUCAGCCAAUAGAAAAAACUUUAAAAGAAUUCAAUAUGAAAGAAUUGAAAAAGUUAUGGCCGGAUAUAGUCAACAGUCCUAGCAACGAUCCGCAAAUCAGUGUAACUUCGGAAGUAAUAGAGAAAGUUGCUGCUGAAACACAGAUAAGAUCGCAAGAUUUGGAAAUCUGGUAUCAUGGAUUGGAUAAGAAGGAAAAUAUUUUUUAUCACAUGUCUGACGAUGAGAUUAUAAAAGAGAUAUCUAGUAAUACAACCAUAAAUCAGGAAGAUGACGACGACGUAAUUGCAACUACUCCACAAGUGAUAGCAUAA